GUGUGUAGUGGACUCCCGCACGUAGCUCGCAAAACUCCUAGGACACCCAGGGAGUCUAUGAGGGGCUGGUGUCCGGCUCUGGCUUGCUAUGCACGGUUAAUGCUUUAACCUGUAAAACAAAACAAAAAAAGGGGGGAGGGAAAAAGAGGGACGUGGUGCGAGGAGACCCUGAGCUCGUCACCCAUCCCCUUAAAAAAAAAAAACCCACCGCACAAUGGCACCGUCCCUCAUCCGAGCUUGCCGCAGUCUGGCUCUCUCGACGUGGCUGCUGUCGUUUUGUUUCGUCCACUUGCUCUGCCUGGACUUCACCGUUGCGGAGAAAGAGGAGUGGUACACUGCUUUUGUCAACAUCACCUACCUGGACCCCGUCACUUCGGAGGUCAAGACGGAGAAAACCGAGUGCGGUCGGUAUGGCGAGCACUCGCCCAAGAAAGAAGCCGGGGGUCCGGUCCUGGUGCCGUCCCUCCUGCAGGACAGACAGGCGUGCGACCCCAACAUCAGGUUCCCUCCUGUGGCUCACAACACCGCCUGGGUGGCGUUGGUGGCUGCGGGGAACUGUACAUACCGAGAGAAAAUCCGUAACGUUGCCAACUACAACGCCUCUGCGGUUGUGAUCUACAACGUGGGCUCCCCCAGUGCCAACGACACCAUAACGAUGCCCCAUCAAGGUACCGGCGAUGUUGUGGCCAUAAUGAUCCCAGAGCCUAAAGGUCGUGAGAUUAUGGCUUUGCUGGAGCAGCGCGUUGCGGUCACGAUGCACAUCACCAUAGGAACCCGCAACCUGCAGAAGUACGUGAGCAGAACGUCGGUGGUGUUUGUAUCCAUCUCCUUCAUCGUUCUCAUGAUCAUCUCCCUCGCCUGGCUCGUCUUCUACUAUAUCCAGAGGUUCCGCUACGCUAAUGCACGAGACCGCAACCAGAGACGUUUGGGAGAUGCUGCCAAAAAGGCCAUCAGUAAGCUGCAAGUACGCACCAUUAAGAAAGGAGAUAAGGAGACUGAAUCAGACUUUGACAACUGUGCAGUUUGCAUUGAAGGUUAUAAACCCAAUGAUGUUGUAAGGAUAUUACCAUGCAGACACAUCUUCCAUAAGCACUGUGUAGACCCAUGGCUGCAAGACCACCGUACGUGUCCCAUGUGUAAAAUGAACAUCCUCAAAGCGUUGGGAAUCCCACUCAACGCGGACUGUUCAGACGAUAUUCCUCCAGACUAUGAGACAUCUGUCGGGGGUCCACCCACCAACCCCAUCAGUGGAGCGAGUGAAAUCACAGUUAACGAGAGCUCGGUGGUUCUGGAUCCAGCUGGAAGAGCAAUGAUCCUUCAGCAGCUCCACCCUAACGCAGAGACAGAACCUCAGACAGGAGAGGAGAGCCGCAUCAUUGCCAGCAGUGAGCACCAGCCUCCACUCAGCAGCGAUUCGGACACUUCUAUCAUGACGGGCGUGGAGGUAGGCAUUUCUGAGGUCGACGUGUCCACAGAGCAGGAAUGUGAGGUGGCGAAAUCCUGAGCCAAUCGAAGCUGAGAAAAAAAAGCAUGAUUCACCAGGACGAGAGCAGGACCGAGUGACCGGGGGCCCCUAGAUACUCGCCACGUCUUUGGCCCCUGGAGGAAGUGACUUCUCAGAAGAUGGGCAAUUGAGCAAUACAACAUAGCAGCACAAAAAACAUCCAGUUCUGUCUUUACUGCAUCUGUAGACAUGUUGCUUGCUCGUUUUCUAGCAGUCACACCUCACCAUUUUGUUGGUUUGACUGCCAUGGUGACCAGACAGCCAAUCACAGCUCUCACAUUGUGGUGACCCAGUUUUUGUCCAUAUAAUCUUUUCACAUCCUUAAACCUAGCAUCUGAAAUGCAAUGUUGUAGCUCUUCACAGUACUGAGAAGGCUGAAUUAGUUUCUCCUCACUCUGGCAACCUAAACCUGCUGCUGGACACAAUAUGAGCACAGGAGCAGCAGGGCCUCCUUAAUGCCAGAUUAAAGCAUUAAUUAUUAUUAAGAAAAAGUGCAGAUUGUUUGAUUUCUUGGUACGAGAUCACUGCCAACAUAUUCCAGAAGUAAGUUUUAUUGAUGUGAUGGAUAUAUAGCACGUAAGAGAGCCUAUAUCAGCAAUUUGUUCUCUGUCCCUAACAGUUGGUGUGAAUUCCCACCAGCAAUUUUUUCAACUUCAGACAUGGGUACAUGUUAUUAUCCCUUGAAAAACUUGAAGUUUCUUUAAGUUCAUGUGGUCCUGUGAUAUUUAAGGAGUUGGAAUAUGUAUGCACACAUUAUGCUGUAAUUUCAGAUUUUCUAAUUUUGUGAGACCUUCGUUUGUAACUUUUACCAACUGAAUAUUCCUGUUGUUGAGAGGAAGUAACCAAACACAAGGGAGAUAUUUCUGUCCUCACAUUUGACAAUCGUAGCUUGCCACAAGCAGUUUGAAGUGAUGUCACCCACUGCCCUACUGAAACUGCUGCUGAUUUACAAGUUAUCACAACACAUGGCGCUGGUGAUCGCUCCCUGCUGUUGGUCAGGAGGGAAAUGUCCAUAUCUGUGUUAACACUGCUGCUAAAUACAGCUGGCAAUAGCAGUUGUCACUACCAAAUACUGGCAGUGUGCACAUCCUGGAGACAAACUUCCUACACUUGUCAAGCCAGCCAAUAUAAAUAAGUCAACAAGUCUUUGUGCCAAGAUUAUCAGUAGCACUUUAAACACAGUAGUUGUAUUUCAUGCACACUGAUUCCCUUGGCUGUCAGACAGACUGGAAUGACAGUGAAUGUGUUCAUGAAACUGAAGUAAUAACACGAGGCUUACGCCAGUUGAAAGAGGGAGAGAGACUGUUUUUGGUGGACAAUGAAGGAGCUAUGCCUUGCCUGACAAAUAAGCUGAAUUUAAAAUGGUCUGGAUGUUCUUUGAGGAAUUUGAAGCUCCAAGCAUGGGAUUUUUUUAAGGCAUGAAAAGCUUAGAGCAUGAAAAUGUUUACAACUAUGGAAUCAGUGAAAAGUUUUGCUUGGACUACAUCCACACUAAGCUGGCUUAUUUUAGAAAAUGACACGUAUGCAGCCUAGUGUUGUCGGGGUAAGUGGUUUUCACAAAGAUCUCCACACAAAAACACAACAACAUUGCCUAUUCUUCAUCCUCUGUCAGCAAACGACAAACCUCAUCACAGCCAACAUGUGCUCAGAAAUGGGUUCGACUGGCAGUUACUCUGAUGAGUUGAAAAGAGCCCUUUAUAUAAUUUUUUCAUAUAUAUGUUCAAGGGUACAACGCCCUCUGGUGGCUUAACAUUAACCCCACGUAAAAGCCCAAGAAUAAAGAAGGUGACCACACAAGUUUUUAAAUAGCUUUCAACUGUAAAUUGGAUGUAGAGGUGUAACUUGGAGUUAAGCUGCAAAUUUGAGUCAUAUAGGAAAUCCUCUCAUUUUGAUUAGCAUUUUAUUUGGAGUUUAUUGCCAUCACAGUUGUCACAGUUGCAGUUACAGCUCAGUUUUCAAGGUGAGAGGACAGACCAGCUUUAGCCAGCUUAGUGUGAACGUACUCUUAGACUCCCAUGACGAUGCUGACUGUUAACCUGCAUUCAUCAUCUCUUACAGUUUGUAGCAGAAUUAAUUAUUCUACUUUUCCCCUUCUUGUGUUCUGUUGUAGUCCAGUCAAUCACCUUAUAAUACGUUUUUCAGUCAUUUCAUAUUGAGCAAGGUCAGUAGGAUCCAAUACUCGACUGGAUCUGUGUCCUCUCACAUUCCUGUAGACUUGCACACUGAUGAAGCACAGACCCGCUGACUGUGUCGAUGGGGCCAGUGGAAUUUAACUGGGGUUUUUUCACUUCCAGUCAUAGUUUCCAUGUCCUGGGACUCUGUUAUAUAACACACACAUGUGCACACAUCCCAGUUUGGGUCAAUAAUUGAAGGAUCAUUGAAUGUAGGGGUAAAUGUUUUGGCGUUUCAUGAAAGCGUUGGUUUUAGAAAACAUGUUAAGUUUCUUUAAGCGUUUUGUGAGACUGUAUGUUCUUCAUUGUAAUGGCUUAAGACAACACUUUCUAGAGAUAACCAUAGUAAAGUAAGAAUAUUUUGGCUCUGUGAAAUAAUGCCUGCAGUUGGGAAAAAGCUUGACAGUUUUCACAUUACCUCACUUUAUAUUUAACUGUCAUUAGCACAUACUGAGCAGUUCUACAUGUAACCUAAAAUUUCAGCAUGACUGACGUGUGGUAGGAAGCACUCAUGAAUGUACAUUUUCAUACACUAUCUAUUAGACAAUACACGUGGUAACAGUUGGUUUGAUAAAAAGCCUGGUUUACUUCUAGCUAUACAUCUUUGGCAUUGUGGAUAUGAAAGUAAAGGAUGAUUGUGAUUCUUGCCAGCACACUGUAGAUACAGAUGUUUAAGUCUCAGUCAGUCUAUUCUGGACCUUUUUAAGCCUCCUGUAUAAUACAUCAACUCACAUGGAUAUUGAGACAGCACAAUACAUGAGACAGAAACGCCCAAAAACAUCAAUAUCUCUCCUCGUCUUUCUUGUUUGUUCUUACCGGCCCACGCUUUGAAUUCAUGAGUCUUCAAUCAUGAGCACAAAAACAUAACAAAACUCUCUUUCUGACCAUUUGUUUGGUCGGCGUAGCAACAAGAUAAAGCAAAGCACAUCCGUUUUCGUACCAGAUCUCUUGAUUCUAGUUGUAUACUGCCUGAGAGAGCGAGUUUGUCUAAAGCUGGAUUAAGGCCUUCUUUUCACGGAGCAACUAUAAUAAUGAUAAAAUAUAUAUAUUAUUAAUAUAAUAAUAAGCUAUAAGGACAUCUUUCAGUUUUGUCUGUUUACAGUGUUUCAAUAACAACUCUUGUAGGAAUAAAUAGAAUUCAAAAUAAUUUUAAGACACAAAAGACCUUAGUGUACUCCAUGUAAUGGCAUUCAGUGUACUUAUGAAGUAGGGUUGUUGUUCCUAAUUGUACCUGCAACAUUAAGUAACACUUUAUUUUAUGUGUCUGUAAUUUCCUAAUCAUUUCCAACAAGGAUCCUGGAAGGAACUUUGUAAUUUGGUGCUAAUUUUGGGGAAAGUAGAAAUGUUUUUAAAAGAAAAGCUCAAACUAAAUAUUCAUAAACCUUCAUACAUUGUUAAUAACUUUAUUCUCCAUAUGUAUUCAUUUAUUAUAAAUGUAUUUUUAUUUGUUUAUCUGACAGGGACUGCUGUCAUUUAUCAACUGAAAAACGUAAAUGAGCCGGAGUCCUUGGCUAGAUGUAAAAAAAAAAAAAAAAUGGAAUAAAACACAAUCUUGUAAAAGUCAUAUACACUGCAUAUUAAAUAAGCACAAAACACAUCCACCAAUAAAUAUUGUCACAGUAUAACACCUAGUAAUUAGCGGACUAAAAGCCUCUCCAGGUUAAAUGGAUUUAAUUGAAGUGAAUGCAUCAAUUGAAUGCUCUCUAUAUUUCCUUAUAAUUAGCACCAAAUGAUGUUGAGUAUUCAACAUUUAUUCAGAAAUUAUAGACCUGUAAAAUAAAGCAUGGCCCAACAUACAGUAGUUUUGUUAUCGGUAGUUAAUCAAAGCUUUUGUGUAUUUCAUUGUCACCUUGUCACGUGUUUUCUUCUGUUAAUGUAAAUUUUCCUCUAUUGCACUUUAACCCUCCAGUGGAUGGGGAGCGGCUAUGCUGAACGACUUGAGAAAGUCUUUUUUUAUGUACAGCUUUUGAGAAAGAGGGCUACAGUGUUGAACGUGGCACAUGAUUAAGUUGUUGCUUAUUGUAUAAUGUUGUGAUCUUCUAUCUGUACUCUUGUGUAUAUGUGGGGUGAUUGGGGGGGGGGAUAUCAAUAUAUUGUACACUAUACCCAGCAGAAAUAACAGCAUUGCUAUUUUGUUAUAUAAAAGAAUUCUAAAUAUGA